AUGACUAUUUACUUGGACUACAAUUCAACUACCCCACUUGCCCCUGAAGUGCUGCAGAAGAUGAAUGCGGUAGCGGAGCAUUUCUGGUUGAAUCCCAGUUGUUCUUACGGUCAAGAUGCUAGGAAAACCAUCGAAACCGCUCGGCAAUCGAUUGCUGACCUAUUUGGAGUUAAUGCUAAAGAGUUGAUUUUCACUUCCGGUGGUACAGAAAGCAAUUUUGCUGUAUUGAAUACAUUUUCCAAACCAUUUUGGAAUGAGAAACCUCUUGUUAUCUCAACAAACAUUGAGCACCCAUCUAUUCUCUCUCCGCUGCGGAGACUGAGCACGCUUGGUUUAGUCG